UUCAUAAAAGCCUCGGUGCCAUGUCUGACAAACUGAGUGUUACAGCAAACUGUUCUCUGGUUAUAAAGGAGGUCACACAUGAAGAUGCUGGCUCUUACACCUGCAUACAGUUCAUAUCUGGUAAAAAUGUGACAGACUAUCAGGUUGACCUGUUUGUUAUUACCAUGGUACCUCAGCAAAUUUCAGAAAUUAAGGUCCGACUUGGAGGUGAAGUACAUUUAUCUUGCAAAAAUAGCAACACUUUUCAGGAUAAUUGCCUCAGCACUAGGUGGCUCUUCAACAGUUCAGGAAGUAGACCAGUAGAAACACUGUUUGAAAAUGGGCAUGUGCUCAAAGCAGACAGACUGAGCAUUACAGACGACUGUUCUCUGGUUAUAAAGAAGGUCACAUCAGAGGAUGCCGGUCUUUAUGCUUGCAGACAGUUAGUAUUUGGACUUAUGGAUGACUUUACAGACUAUCUGCUCCAUCUGGCUGUUGCUAACGUGAGAAACAUUACAACAACAAGAAUUGCAUCUACAAUAAUAACACAAUUAGCACCAGCAGGGACAACUACAUCCGCAACCCCUACAUCAAACACAGCUGCAACCACUCAAAAAUCAACCCCAGAAACAGAAGAAACUACAGGUUGCUGGGUGAAAUUUAUUGUGGUUAUUGUGGGUUUAGCAGCUCUUUCAGUCACUGUUGUAUCUGUCAACAUAUGGACAAAAACAAAAGGUUACAAAUCAUCUCCGGCCAAGACUGACCACAAUGAGACCAAUGAUGGCGAGAUAUACUAUGAAAUUGAAGACCGUCCAGCUUAAGUUCUGCUCUACAGACAGCAGCUGAAAUUGGUCUUUGUAUCAUCAACUAAGAAAACAGACCAUUUUAUUGUUUAUUAUUAUUAUUAUUUAUUUAUUUUCAUGUUUUUCAUGUUUGUCAAUAAUUUAAUAUUUAUUUUUUCGGGUAACAUUAAAUGAAGUUUUACUUCACUGUUGUUCUUAGUGACAGUUCAGGAAUAGGAACUUAUUAUCAGUUCCUAUUUUAAAUUUCCUUUUUAUUUAACUAUUUUGCACUACUGAGAGACAACAGUUUCCUUGUACGCUUGUUAAUAUAAUGACAAUAAAGAUCCUAUACCAUAAUUUCAUAGUUAUUAGUAAUACUGUCUAGGCUGUGAAUAUGACUACAAAAAUAAACAAAAAAAAAAAAAGAUUUUGUGAGAUAUGAAAAUAUACCAAACUGUGACGACUGGUCUUAGGGAGCCAAAAUUUAAAACGAUCGUGAAUAUGUGCAGAGGGGAUCAGGUGAGGGAUACGACUGUGAGUGUCGACAGGUGAGGCUGUGUCUUUUGACUGCACCGGCAGUAUUGGAGAUUUUUUCAAAAUUAAUGGAAUUAUGAACACAGCGAAGUACUCGCAGGUUUUAGUCCAGCAUGCAGUACCAACUACCUGAUUGGCAGUGGCAACAUUUUUUAUUUUCAGUGUGGGAUUAUCUUGGCAGGGAGUGGAGUAAAAGGCAACCAACAUCCAAAGAAAAAUUUUGAAUGUCAUUCUGGAGAACUAUUCCUAAAGUCUACUUAAAGAAAUUACAAGAAAAGCUUAUAAGGGCUUUUCGGACCUACACACCUGUUAACAAGCUACCAUGUAUUGACCCCCAGAGGUCAUAGACUUGAUCUGGUUUGCUGAAUGAGUGUGACAGGCAGAUAUUUUAUUCCUAGUUAUGUACCAAUAUGUUUUUGUUUGUUCUGCUGCCCUCUAAUGGACAAACAAUGUCAUUACUAUCUCAUGCAGAGUGCAGCUCAGCAUCUUCAGUUUUUUGUUUUGUUUUGUUUUUUUAUAUUGUGCACACUAUAUCAAAUAAAGUAUUUAAUUUUGA